GGCUGCGGAGGCUGGUUGUGUGUUCGUGUCGCCUCUGAAGUGACCACUCUAACCCCCGGUGUCGCGCGGUGUGAUUGAUGCUCGUGUUUAGACUAAUUUAAGAAUAUUCCUAACUUAUCAUUGGAUAUGCGAUGUAACAAAUGUUAAGUGAUAUCAGCGCUGCAGAGUAUGCUAGUGAGAAAAAGUUUAUUUGUUAUUUUGUAGUUGAUUUCGCUAUCAGAUCGAAGUGAAAUUAAUUGAUUGUAGCAUCCAUAAAGCAGACUGGCGGCGAAAUGUUAGAUGCGCGUGCUAUAACAGUGGUGCUAAGCGUCGCAUUUGUGGCGGUAAUCUGGGCUAACUUGGCCGUCCUGGUGCACGGCAAUCGGGCUUUGGAAGAGUAUUCGAGCAGCCCUGAAGGAUUGGAGAACAGUCCCGUUACCGCCGUGCAGGCUGUGGUGGGGGAGUCUGUUCUACUGCCGUGCGACGUGACACCGCCCACACCUUCUGAUGCCCCGAUGCUUGUGCUAUUUUUCUUCAAGACCAAAGGAACGCCGAUCUAUAGUGUGGAUGCCAGAGAGAGCUCGAACCUUUACUCUGGCAAACACUGGGCAGACUCAGAGCAGUUAGACAGAAGAGCAAAUCUACAGGUUCGACGUCCAGGACAACAAGGCCUUUACCUCUCAAGGCUCACUGAAGAUGAUGCAGGAGAAUACCGCUGUCGGGUCGAUUUCAAGUCCUCGCCCACUAGAAAUGCGAGAAUCAUCCUCGAAAUCAUUGUGCCGCCUCGGCACAUCCUCGUCACCAGCAGCUGGGAGGAAGGCCGCAUCGUCUCCGGCAGGAUUGGACCUUAUCCUGAAGGAGCUGACCUAACUUUAGCCUGCCAGGUCACAGGAGGAUCACCAAGACCGAGCGUGACCUGGUGGCAAGGUGCUUCGCUAAUGGACGACGUCAGUGAAGUCACAACAGAGCAAGUCACUCGUAACUUGCUUCGUCUGCCUCGUCUCACAGGCGAUGACUUGUUCCGUAAACUAACUUGUCUCGCCGCCAACAGCAACUUGACGGCCCCUUUGUCAACAGCCGUGUCUCUCGAUAUUGCCUUUCCACCAAACUCGGUGCGUAUCUCUUCCAGGACGGCCACCUCGGGCAGGUUGCCCGUAGGCGGUGGCCGCGGCCCAGAGGAGAGCGACAUGGUGGUCAACGUUAUCACGGUCAGGGCCAACAGAGAAGAGUAUCUCACUUGUGAAUCUACGGGCAGUCGGCCGCAAGCUGAGCUGGCAUGGAGGAAGAACAGCCUUGCGGUCAAGGGGGUAACAGCAACACCACCGCCUUUCGAGGGCUCUAACUCCGGCAGACUCACAAGCGUGUCCACUCUUCAGAUCUUCCCAGGCAUUGAAGAUCACAUGGCAGUAGUUACUUGUAAAGCAUUCAGCCCUAAACUACCAGCCGAAUAUAUCGAAGACAGCGUCACCCUCAAUGUCCUGUACUCACCGCUUAUAGAGCUACACUUCUCGUCAGCGGUAGAGCAAGCUAAUUUAGAAGAAGGUGACGACUUCUCUUUCGAGUGUACCGUACAAGCCAACCCAGAGGCCGGCAAAAUACAAUGGGCCAGAGAUGGGGUACCGAUCAUGGCGAACGACAGUGCGAGGGUUGAGAUGGCUGGCAAAAGACUCAUCAUCAUGAAAACAACUCGCUUCGACUCAGGCAGCUACACGUGCGCUGCCGCUAACACUGAAGGAGUUACCACCUCCAACGCUAUAGCCAUCAAAAUUAAAUUCGUGCCAGUGUGCAGCAGUAAUCGUAUUCAAAAGCAACACGGGGCCGGAAAAAAGGAGCGGAUUGAUGUGACAUGUUGGGUGGACAGUCAUCCCGAGCCUUUAACAUUCCGCUGGGCCUUCAACAGCAGUACUUCGGAGCUACGAGACAUUUCUGCGACUGCUUUUUCGAACCACGGAAUGUCCAGCACUCUCAACUACCUGCCGAACAAUGAGCUCGAUUUCGGUUCUUUGUUAUGCUGGGCAGCAAACGAUGUGGGGCUCAUGAAGCAACCUUGCGUCAUGCAAAUUGUCCCGGCCGCCAAACCAGAAAAAGCUCGCAACUGUGAAGUGUUCAACAACUCCUCGAUGCCUCGAAGCGUAGCACUUGUCUCAUGCCUGCCGGGCUGGGACGGCGGCCUCGCUCAAACAUUUACGCUUGAAGUUAGAGAGUCGAGACACAAACAUUCAAGAAUACUGGCCUCAGUGCAACACUCACCAACUCCUGUUUUCAAUAUGAAAGGCCUGAAGCCCGACGAAGAAUAUUUGUUUAUCAUCACUGCUGUCAACUCAAGAGGUACCAGCCCACCAGUCACUCUGUCGUACAAAGUCCCUGUAGAAAUGGUUCCCUCCUUGUCUUCCAACGCACAAAGAAGUGACGAGGCAGGCUGGUUGUCGUGGACACUCUUCAUUGCUGUGGUCGCAGGAGUUUUUAUCACGGUAGCGCUUUGCUUGGCUGCCGUCAUCGGGCUUAUGAGGGCCAAAUGCUGUACCAAAAAGUCCUCCGCUAAAAUUAUCUACGCUGGUCCAAUAAGGAGCAGCGAUGAAGGCGACAAAACGAAUUCCUUGUGCCCAUCUACUAUCGUGUACUGUGAUAAACAUGACUGUGAAAUAGACGACUUGACGAAGAGCAGCUACCUUCGCUCGUCGAGCGAGAGCGGUGACUCGCUAUGCAAGCAUCACCUCGACCACAUCAACCACAAAGACGAAAAAUUCCGAAGCUCAGGCAGUGAUAUUAGAAUAGAUACUCCAUGUAACUGGAAUCCUGACUUGGGAUCAUCAUGCGAAGAUUCCUACUUCAGAAACUCUGGACCUUAUCAUAUCAACAGCUUGUCACCUCCCCCUCCACCUGACCACAUGGUCACCAUGGCCACGUCCUCCCCUAUUCCUUCGUCCUGCCGCGCCCCCCUCGCCUCGAGCGACUCCUUGGGUCGCUACAGCUCUUCGUCAUCGUCUCGGUUAUCGUCGGUGUCCACGUCUGGCGUGUCGGCGGCUACGGUGGCCUUGCAUCCCGACUACCGAGACCUCAGCGCCGACUGCCGUACUCCUCUCAUGUCCGAGUCGGCCAAAGAGAGCGCAGUGUGACGGUGAAACACAAGUCUGGUCAUUCAAAAUAUUGCUUUGUUACCUUCUCGUCUUGCAUUGAUAUUUCUUUGGUAUCUUCUCGUCUUGAAUUGAAAGCUAUUGGACUUGAUUCAAAUAUUCAUUGCGCAAGCCCAAAUUGUUCAGACUGCAACAAAACUAUCAAUGUAAGAUUAGUGAAAUCAAUCAAGAGCUGAAUUAUUAGAAAGUAUUAUAAUUUUGAUUCGCUAUAGGUACGGCCAAAUUAAUGUUUAGGUUUAGCUGGGAAGUCUUCAACUUUGUUAUUCUAAAGUUGUCUAUGUUAAUCGAGCGCGAGAACCUCGAUGUUUACCUACGAGAUACAGUAACAAUUAUUCUGUUUGCUACUUGUGUAGAGGGGGAGACCUCUCAACGAUGCUACCGCAAGUGCAAAGAGUUCAGCGCUUUAAUUUUACAAGCUAAGGUCGGGAUAGGAUAAAAUUUGGGUGUUAUCGCCGUCCAUUUUGUGGCAUAAGGCCACCAAAAUGAAUAUUGGUUGUCCGAAUAGAUUGAAUAUUUUUAAUUUUUUUAGCAUGCUGCUUCUGGUCUUAUAAAAGUCAGAGCGUUUUAAUAUUUUCUUCAAUCUAGUUCACUUGCAUUCAUCUUUGUUGAGAUCUGUUUAUAAUUUUAAUUUUCCACAAACAUUUACUCUCGCUUAUUACCGACGUACUCGUGUUGCAGGCAACAUUGGAAUGGAAAUUUCUUGUUAUUAAUGAAAUAUAUAUCCGGACAGUGCCUCUUGCUGGCGACAGAGCGCAGAACCUGUCAAUUGGCAUCAAUUAUUUCCCCGCUAAUUUGAAAGCUUUUAAAAGUUCUCAAUUGAGAUUCCUCUGCCGGUCUAACGGCAUGCAGUUCGAUUGAUUUGACUUAUGACAUUCUGAUCGUGUUCAGACGCCUGUCUUCUUUUUAAAAAUUAUCAAUAACCCUGUGGUGCUAUGAAGUAAUGAGGUACGUAAGCCUCCAUGCCUUGUUAUAUAUUUGUAUAUUUGGUCAGAUUGAAUAUUUUUUACGUCUUAGAUGAUUAGUCUCAUAAAGUUCGCGUUUAAGAAGCAGUAGCCCUAAUUUGUUCGAUCAUAAAUGCUGAUUCAUAAACCUGCUGAUUCAUGUUCAAAUAUCUCGGUAAUAUCUCCGUGCAAUUGUUUGAGUCAGUUCAAGUGCAGCAACUUUUACUUACAUUGGAAUAAGGGAAAUAUUGAAUUAUGAAAUUCAUCUGUUCCUCAUCACACAGCCCAUAUAUGGAUUGCCAACAUGCUCGCAAAGGAAACGAUGUUGUACUUGCUAUUCCGAUUAACAAAGCCCAAAUUAUCGUGCAAUUCUUUUCUAUUUUUGAAUUUGAAUUUGUGAACUCAAAAAAUAAGUAAUUCUCAUCAAUCAUUCAUGUUUUUCACUUCACAUAAAAGAGUGGGAAAGGAAUUACUAACGAUGGGUUAAUAUACGACAAAUAAUUCUAAAACUUGAAAAUAAUUACUCGAUGUACAACCACAGCAAGAGGCAACUAAUGCUUCGCUAUCAGGGGUGUACAUGCAUUCAUUUUCACUUGUUCCAAUACACUUUUUCUAAUUUCAGGACUAGCAAAUCUUGUGGCGGUUCAUUUGGGGGUUUGAAUAAUUUGGUUUAAAUAAAACGACUAAAAAUGCCGCUAUCAUGCCUGACUGAUAUCGAAUCGAGAUUGCUAAAAUAAUUGCAGGAAUAUUUCAAUAUUUUGAAACGUACAUAGUGACUAAUGUUGCUAAGGGCUAAUCGUGCAUCCUAUCGAAAUAAAACAGUAUUUUUCUGUCGUGCCAUGUAUGAACUCGCUGUGCGGUUCUAAAUAAGUAUAUCACUCAAAUUUUAGAUCCGUAAACAACGUUUAUUUUAUAAACGUGUCUUAUUUUAAGUGAUCUCCGUGUAUUUAUUACUAAUCUAGCAUUUCAAGAGGAGUGCUCAAUGUGAUUGUACAGUAUUCUUUCAGGUAUAACGUGCAGUGAUUUUGAAAGGAAAUUGUUCGUACUUUGAAACCCCGAUUUAUCAUUAAUAAAAGUUCGAAUUACUG